AUGGGUGAACUAACAACCGGUACCGGCUUGCAUCAAGAACUUGGUCUUAUAAGAGCCGGUGAUACUCAUUGGGGAUCUCACUACAAAUCUUUUAGCAAUUUUAUUCUUAUGUUUGGAUCUAUUGUUGAUGUUCUUGAUGCACUUGUUGUUGAUGCAUAUUCUACCGAUGAAAGAACUAAGGCAACAGGAUAUCUCGAAACUUGUCAAACAUUUAAGAUUGCUUUUAUGUUGCAUUUGAUGAGAGAUACCUUAGGAAUCACAGAUGAGCUCAAUAAAUCUUUGCAAAAGAAAGAACAAGAUAUUGCAAAUGCUAUGCUACUGGUUGAAGUAGCAAAGAAAAGGUUGAAAAUGCUAAGAGAUGAUGGAUGGGAUGCACUUAUUAAUAAAGUAUCCACAUUUUGUAUCAAGUAUAACAUUUUGUUACCUAAUUUUGAUGAGCCAUAUGUUAAUUCUGGAAGUUCAAGGCGUAAACCUGCUGAUUAUACGGUCUUACAUCAUUAUCGUGUUGAAGUAUUUUGUAAGAUUAUUGAUUGGCAGCUUCAAAAACUCAAUGAUCGUUUCAAUGAGAUGACUACUGAUUUGUUUCAUGGAGUUGCUUGUUUGAAUCCAGUUGACUCAUUUUCUAGUUUUAACAUCAGAAAAAUAAUGAGAAUGGCUAAGUUAUAUCCUGAUGACUUUAAUGAGUUUAGUAUGAAUGCUCUUGAGAAUCAACUUGCCACUUACAUUAUUGAUGUUCGUGAUAUGGAUGAAAGGUUCUCCAAUCUUAAUGGACUUUGUGAUCUCUCAAGAAAAUUAGUUGAGACAAAGAAGAACCUAAACUUUCCUCUUGUAUUCCGCUUUGUGAAAUUUGCUUUGCUUUUACCAAUUGCCACUGCAUCCGUUGAAAGAGCUUUUUCGGCAAUGAAGUUUAUUAAAAAUGACUUGUGGAAUCAGAUGAAUGAUGAGCUUUUGAGCGAUUGUCUAGUUCCUUAUGUAGAAAAAGAUGAUGAUGAUUCUUCAUUGAUGAUCCAUCGGCAGGGUUAUGUUGAUAUCUUUCUGGGUGAUAACGUUGAUGCUCCAUUAAUAGGAUGA